AUGUGUACAUGUGCAGACACCUUCAUGUUGAAUGUUAAACCAGGAAAGACGUAUCUUCUUAGGAUAAUCAAUGCUGCACUCAAUGACGAACUCCUCUUUAGUAUUGCCAAUCACACUCUCACAACAGUUGAGGUUGAUGCCGUCUACACCAAGCCCUUUGAGUCGGAUACAAUCAUCAUAACUCCGGGCCAAACCACCAAUGUUCUCCUCAAAACUAUGCCCUAUCACCCUAACGCCACCUUCUUUAUGAUGGCGCGGCCUUAUAGAACAGGCAACGCAACUUUCGACAACUCCACUGUUGCCGGAAUCCUCCACUAUCAACACCCAAAAUCAUCAAUUUCAAUCAAGAAACUUCCUGUCUUCAAACCCACACUUCCAGCACUAAGAGACACAUCUUUCGUUUCCAACUUCACCAACAAACUUAGAAGCCUAGCAAAUCCACAAUACCCGGCUAAUGUACCAAAACAUGUUGAUAAACACUUCUUCUUUACAGUAGGCUUAGGUACUAAUCCAUGCCCUAAAAACCAAUCAUGUAAAGGUCCACAGAAUAAAACAAUGUUUGCUGCUUCGAUUAACAAUGUCUCCUUUGUCUUGCCAACCAAAGCUCUCUUACAGACUCACUUCACGCAGUCACAUUCCCUCCAACAAUCACAACAAGUUUUCACCACUGAUUUUCCCUCCUCACCGCUGAUCCCCUUCAACUACACUGGCACACCGCCUAACAACACGAUGGUGAUAGACGGAACAAAGGUUGUUGUGGUUCCAUUCAACACGAGUGUGGAGCUAGUGAUGCAGGACACUAGCAUUCUUGGGGUAGAGAGUCAUCCCCUUCAUCUCCAUGGGUUCAACUUCUUUAUAGUUGGUCAAGGCUUUGGGAACUUUGAUCCUAAAAAAGAUCCUGCAAACUACAACCUCGUCGACCCUAUUGAAAGGAACACCGGUGGUGUGCCAUCUGGAGGAUGGAUUGCUAUUCGUUUCUUUGCAGACAAUCCAGGUAAUAUGAGAAGGUUAUUUUCGAAAUACUGA